AUGGUAGACAAGAUCAUUCGAGUGAGUGAGACCAGUGAAAUAUUGUUCGUACACAUGGCAACCGCAGUGGCAAAAGUUGGAAAAUCAGUUCACCGCAUUUUUGUGGGAAAUUUACCGUGGACAGUGGGCCAUCAGGAGUUGCGUGGCUAUUUUAAAGAAUUCGGCCGUGUUUUAAACGCAAACGUAAUUUUUGAUAAGAAAUCCGGAUGCUCUAAGGGCUACGGCUUUGUAAGCUUCAACAGUUUGCAAGCGCUCGAGAAAAUUGAAAACGAACAGAAACACAUAUUGGAGGGCAAUUAUUUGAACAUACAAAAGUCAUAAAUGCAAUAUAAAUACAUUCAC